AUGUCGUCUAUCCGGACACUGGGGAUGGAUGCCCUGAAACAUAUUCGCGCCUUGUCAACUCUAAAACAAAAUUUGGAUUUACGGGUGAACCUUCGACCGGUAUCUUGUGUGUACAUUAUGCACAUAAUGAAGGGCACUAAGGGGAUUGAGCGGAUAGACAAGCACAGCUAG